AAGGCAGUUACUAAUCAAGCUGGUUACACUUGAGCUAAUUCACUCCCAGUGAUGUUAACCAGCAACGUUCUGGACGCAAUUCAAAGCGAUAAAAUUGGUAAAUUUAAAAACUUAAUUUUUCCCUUUUCACGCCAUCUAACGGUUAGUAUAACCAUUAACCGGUUUUUUGUUCUUUCGGUUAUUCUUUUUGAAUUUUGGCGGUCAUUGAUUUCAUAAGAGGGAGCUUUACUGUAUCCUUGGUGAUAUUCGGGAAACGGAAACAUAUUCUCUUUAUAUAAUAGAGAUAAACACGUUUAGAUAAAUUCUGAUAAAACCUUAUCUUUUAUCAACAUUUCCCAUCAUUUUAUCUAAAAUCUUUUUAUCUAAAGUGAUUAAGCUUGACGUGAGCUACAAAACAAGUGCUGCAACACUCAUAAAAGAUUAAAAUUAAAGUUUUUACAAACACCUGAAAAUUUAGGUCCAAAACACCUGACAAUGACUGAAAAGAAACAAAACAUGCUUAUGGAUCACUGGAAUAAUGACAAGAUAAAGACUAUUGAAUUCAUAGAUAAUGUCAUUAGUGAUACAACCAAAUUCAUUGAAUUCAAGAACAAAUACGCCGAGAUUGACAUCAAGAAAGUUGUAGUACAAAUAUGUGAACAUCUUAAAAAGGACAAAACACCAAAAGACUGGUCUCAACCCAUCAUAGCCAGGGCAUGCAAAAUUACUCGUUUUUAUGCUGAUAUAAUCAAAAAGAAUAAAGAGAACAGUAUCCUCAACAAGAAGAAAGAUGAUGAUACUAAUAAUAACAUUCCGAAAGUCAGCACUGAUAUAAUCAACAACAAUAUCAAUGACAGAGAUACUGACAAAAUAGGAAAUGGUACUAAUGGAGAAACAGUGAAAAGUAAUGAUGAUGGUAAACAACAGAAGGAAAAUAAAAGAAAGUCCAUUGAGGAAUUUGAUGAUGAUAUCAUCAUUGAUGAAACAGCUCUUAAACUAAUCAAAGACCAAGACAACAUCAAUCCUACAAAGAGACGAAAGAUCAUAAGUAAAAAUUAUUUACAAGAUGAUGAUAAAUUACCAAUUGGAUGGCAUAAGGUACAACAACUAGAGACAAAACCUGUUGUGAUUGUCAAACCAAAUGGUGAUGAUGAUGUCAACAAAACUAAACAACUGAUAAGUAAUGUACUCGAGGAAGAAGAUAAGGAAUAUGGUGAAGUUGAACAAAUCUCCAAGACACAAAAGGUAGUGGUAAUACACUUUGAUGAUAUUACUAAUAGAGACAAAUUCAUGAAAUAUGCAAAGAUUCAUAGAAAGACAUGGCAAUGUGAAAUACCUAAGCUUAAGAAUCCAUGCAUCCGAAUUAAUGGUGUGUCCAUCAGAAAGAAUAAUGAUAACAAGAUUGACUGGGAUUUAUGGUUAGAAAAGCUUAUCAACAAAAAUAAAUGGUUACCAAAAACCAAAGACUCAAUCUUCAAGAUUAACUUUAAGACUGAGAAGAACAACAAGUGGAAUAUAGUAUUUGAAGUUUCACCCAACAUAAGACAGGCUAUAAUUCAAAAGAGAGGGAAAAUAUUCCUAGGUCUGCAGAAAUGUGAUGUCUAUGACACCUUUAAUAUUUACACUUGUUAUAAUUGUUCUGCCUAUGGACAUACCACUAAUCAAUGUGGAUAACAACCAGUUUGCAGAUUCUGUGCUAAACAGCAUUACACAAAAUGUCCAAUCAAAGAACAACCAGAAAAAUAUAAGUGUCAUGCCUGCAAGAAUGUUGGACACGCGUUCAAUGAUCCUACUUGCCAACAGUUUCUCUGGAGACUCAAACAUGAACUACAAUUCAUCAACAUGAAUUACGAGAUAAUUAUGACUCCAGCCAACCAACAAUAACAAUAAAACUCUCUUUAUUCUCAGAUCACCAGAAUAGUAACAGCAUCAAAAACCAAGAGAAAACCUUCAUCUUCCAAACCACAAUUCUUCUCUUUUUACAUAUUCAUCUCAGAACUUGUCUCUAUAAAUCCAAAAGCAUGUCAAACUGAAGUACAAAUUGAUCUUCUUUUUACAAACAAUAAAAUUUUCUCAAUUAUUAAUAACAAUCACACACAGACUAUUAAUACACCUUUUUUAUAUUUACUUGAUCAAUACAGAAACAAAACAAGAAAAAAGAAACUACAGAAACAUAUAAUCAGAGACAUCCUCCAACACAUAUACUCGAUCACAAUUAUGCCCAGACUGAAAGACUUAUUAACCUAAAAAUCAUAGAUCACAACUGUUAUGGUAAUGCCUCACUAACCAAUCAAUAUGCAGAAACACCGAUAAAAGAUACAAUAAUUACACUCCAAGAAAUAAAUCACAGCCAAAUAAUCAAUAUCAAUCAACAAAACAAAAUCAUCACAAAUGGUUCAUCAGUAAUUAUAAUCCCGAGCUCAUUUACCAUAAUUAGAAAAUACAUCAUCAAGGAACACUCAGCCGCUAUACUAACAAAGACUAGAGGCACAAAUAUACUAAUUAUUAAUACUCACCUGCAACCGACGAGAAAACAAAUAAUGAUAGAAACACUUAUUCAAAUCAAAGCUAUCAUUGAAGCAAACCAAAACAUCCCAAUCAUUAUAGCAGGAGAUUUUAACUCUGAAGCUACGAUUUGGACACCAGAAAUCAUAAGAAAUAACAACAAGUACAAAGCAAGUGGUACUGGAGGAAAAAUAAUUGAUGAAUGGCUCAGUAGUAUGGAAAGCAAUUUCCAACCAACAAUAAAACCAAGUUAUGACAACUAUACAAGAGCAAAAGACGGAAGUAAAAGUUACAUUGAUAAUAUUCUGUACAAUGAGAAAAUCAGAAUUAUGAACACCGCAAUACAUGAUUGUGAUAAAUCAGAUCACAGAAUUCUGACAGCAGAAAUACAGCUUAAUGGGCAAAGUGAAAAGAGAGUAAAAUCAAGAAAAAUUGAACUGAAGAGAAUUAAGCUCAAUGAAGUAAAAAUCAAAGAAAACAAUAUCGAAAAGACGAUGGAUAAGGCCAUCAUCAACA